AUGUGUCAGCGUAUGAGAGAGGUUUUCGCUGUACCACAGAGGAUCCUCCUGCUCUGCCUGCUUCAUUUCUGCACUUGUGCAGCCGCUGAGACUGUGGACCCCAAAACUCUCAUGAGUAUUGUAAAGAACUUCGAGAAACAGUUGGGUAACAUGGGACAAUACGCUGUCGCGUUCAGAGUCGAGAAGCACCGAUGUCUUAAAGGUUCUGACUAUCCUAGCAAGGAGUUACUAACUAAAGUGAAAGAAAAACUUCAGAGCAAUGAGGUUUACGUGAGCGAUGACCUCAUCGCAGCAAAGCGAAAUGGAAAUGAACAUUCAGAGUUUCGCCUGAAAAAUCAUCUGAAGAACAUCUUAAAGGAUGAAGAUGAGUGUGUGGGGUUUUUCACUGUAAACUCACCCUGUUUGAAAACAUGCCUAGCAGAAUCUGGGCCAUACAGCGUUAAAGACAGUCUUGUACUGUUAGAAAAAUAUGUGGGAAUUAAAGCAUUUGCAUUCAAAAAAAUUUGGCAACAUGAUAAAGAGGAGGAGGUGGUAAAAAGAUUGAAGGAAAUUGCAAAUGAUUUGCCAUAUUAUCAGUGUGAGAGAAACAAAGCUAAAUGUGAUUGCCUGUAAGAAGAGCAAUGCCUGACAGUUUUAUUUUGCUGAGGAUUUUUUUCUGUUUUAAUUGCGGUAAACAUUAAAACUGGCAAAUAAAAUC